GUUGUUCAAAUGGGAGUAGGUGAGCUGGGAUAGGCUGGGAAUUUGGUUGGAGCCGCCGUGCGGGAGAAAGGCACAAGAGGGAAAAGAGGAACCAACCUACUAACUAUAUAAUUCCUGGCCGACUGGAUGUGGGACAGGAAAUCUGACGUUGGCCGUUGACUCGGGGGAAAGAGGGGGGAAAAAUCGCAAUUGUUGCAUUUACAAGUCGCCGCUCUGACCUGCGCGAAUGACAAAAUCUCAAGCGUGUAACUUUCCUUAGUCGGGUUUGAUCGCUUGUAAAAAAAACCCAACGGGAUAUCUGUAUUUUUAUUUUUUGGUAUUUAUUUUUUUGUGUGUUUUUGAAGAGACGGAGACGCACAGAAAGAGGACAUCAUGCCACGGCGGACCGUGCACGAAGUAACCGUGCAAGAUGUCCAGAAGCGGAGGAAUCCCAAUAAACACUAUGUUUACAUCAUCAAAGUCUCUUGGAGUGAUGGCAGCACCGAAAUCAUUUUCAGACGCUACAGCAAGUUCUUUGACUUGCAGAUGGAGUUGCUGGAUAAAUUCCCAGUGGAAGGAGGCCAGAAAGACCCCAAGCGCAGAAUCAUUCCUUUCCUUCCGGGGAAAAUUCUGUUUAGAAGGAGCCAUAUCAGAGAUGUGGCCAUGAAACGCCUGAGGCCUAUCAACGAGUACUGUAGGGCCCUGAUCCAGCUUCCGGUCUACAUCUCCCAGUGCGAAGAGGUCAGAGUGUUCUUUGAGACCAGACCUGAAGACCUCAACCCACCCAAGGAAGAAGCAAUCGGAAAGAAAAAAUCAGGCCUUGUGGAGAGAGCGACUACUUUCCUAAAGCGAGGAGACUCCAGCUCAGCAGACCCACUCCUCCUGGACCAGUACGUGGCCGUUACGGACUACGAGAAGCAGGAGAGCACCGAGAUCAGCCUGCAUGUGGGCCAAGUGGUGGAAGUGAUCGAAAAGAAUGAGUCUGGGUGGUGGUUUGUGAGUUCAGAGGAUGCCCAGGGCUGGGUCCCUGCCACCUGCCUGGAGGCUCAGGAUGACCCUGAUGACUUCUCUCUGCCAGGGGAAGAAGAGGAAAAGUAUUCGGUGAUCUACCCAUACUCAGCCAGGGACCAGGAUGAGAUUGAUCUGGAAAGAGGGAUGAUUGUGGAGGUGAUCCAAAAGAACUUAGAGGGCUGGUGGAAGAUCAGGUAUGAAGGACGUGAGGGCUGGGCCCCGGCAUCCUACCUGAAGAAGGUUGACAUUCAGGCUCAAAAGCAGUCGGCUGGUGCUGCAGCCCAUGCCAGCACAAAUGAUCUGGACGGGUCUUCCAAACAGAACAACAGCCAGAAGGACAACAAACUUUCACCUUUCCCUGAUAACAAGCGCAAGGUUGGAUCCAGGCAGAGGCCUCCUCCACGUAGGGAUCUCACCAUUCCGCGUGGCGCAAACCUGCCCAAGCCACCCACCCCUCCGCAAGUAGAGGAAGAGUUCUACACUAUAGCAGACUUCCAGACCACCAUCCCAGAUGGUAUUAGCUUCCACGCUGGUGUUAAAGUAGAGGUUAUUGAGAAGAAUGGAAGUGGUUGGUGGUACAUCCAGAUUGACGAAAAAGAGGGUUGGGCCCCAGCAACCUUUAUUGACAAAUACAAGAAGACCAGCAGUGCUUUGCGACCCAACUUCCUGGCCCCUCUGCCCAAUGAGAUGGAGAAGCUGGACCUUGCUAUUUCAUUAAGCGUCUCGGCCACAGAUGACAGCUGGUCUAAGCCUUUACCAGAUGAGCCAUCUGCCGUAGAGUCCUCUGCCCGUCCCAAGCUCAGAGACUGGAAGUCCACUGCUAGCAAAGGGGCAUCCGUCUUCUCAGGGCCCUUACCUCCGGCUCCCUCGGCCCCUCCAGCAGAGGAGAAACCAGCCCUUCCUCCUCGCAGAGAGUCCAUUCAUAAGAGCUUUGAAUUGGAGGUAGCAGAGAAACCGAGGUCUGAUCUCUCCAAACCUCUCCCACCAAAACCACCAACCCCAGGAGUUAUCAUGCCCCUGGUUACUCCCAAGGCACCCCUGUUCAAACCAGAGAAACCACCAGAGCCCAAGAAAGAGGACAAGAACAAGGCUCUUCAUCUGAGGAAUGAGAUGGGGCUUGAAUGUGGCCACAAGAUCUCUGCUAAGGAGGUGAAGAAGUUUAACCUGAAGCCUGUCCCUAAACAGCCACCAAAACCCAAACCAGACCUGCCUGAGGAGAAAAUGGAGGCAUCUGGCCCAGCAAUGUUUAUUAAGCCCAAACCAAUGAUCCGGCCCAAACCUACUCCAGCUGCCAAACCAGAACCACCAGCAGAGAACAAAUUGGACAUCACCAACCUGAGGAGUAAGCUGAGGCCUGCAAAGCCAACAGAAGUGGGCUCUGGAUCACUAGAAACAAACCAACAGAAUGGCGCCUCAGGACUAAACGACUCCCACCACGGCUCACCUCCCAGUUCUCCCCCCAGCCAUGCCUUUCCUCUCAAUAAUGGCAAAUUCACUGAUGAACCAAGGUUCCCACCAAAACAACUCAAUGGUCAUGGCAACGAGAGCUCACCACCCCCUGCAAAACCGCUUGUGCCUCCACAUAAAGAGGCCCCCCAGAGACCACCUGCCUUGGCUCCAAGGAGACCUCCUCCUCCAAAGAAGACCGACCCAUCCAGCCCAACUGAGACCAAACCUCCACAAGCCCUGAAGGAAGCCCAAGAUGUCCCGAAGUCCGCCUCUGGACCGCCCCCACUUGGCAGACCCCCUCCACCUAAACCCAAAGCAUUUGCCCCACCCCCUGCUAGAGACAAGGAGAGAGAAGAGCCCAAGGUUAAAGUCCCUAUCCCUCCCAAACCACAGGUGAAGAGUGAGAAGCCAGGCCCUCCCAGGGACAAGCUUCCUCCUUUGAUCAAGGAGCCCAGUAAGGAUGAGCUGUAUCUGGCUGUGGCGGACUUUGAAGGCGAUGAGCAAACAUCCAGCUUCAAGUUAGGCACAGUGUUUGAGGUUCUGGAAAAAAGCAGCAGUGGUUGGUGGUUCUGUAAAAAUGUAAGUGAGGAAAUGGAGGGCUGGAUCCCCUCAAAUUAUCUGAGCAAGAAACCAUAGGUACUGAAAGUUCUUUCAUUUCACACCCCUUUUUAAAAAAUUAUGAUAAGGAUAAAAAAAAAAAUCACUUUUAUAUUUAAUAAGUCUUAUUUAUAGGUACUCUUUUUUUAGUUGAGGCAUUUUUGUUGCAUUCCAUUUCUAUACAUGUGAAAGAGAACUAGCAAUAACACAUUUUGUUUUGUUUUGUUGUAAUGUUUAGUUCUUUGUUUUAAUCAAAUAUCAGUUAUAAACCAAUUUUUAGCAUUUGUCCACCCUUAUUGUGCCAUGUUACUCACACCUAUGUCACGUUUACAAUUACGUAUUUUCAAGCCUAGAACAGCAGUACGUGUACUUAUUCCUAAGCCUUUUAUGGUAGUGUGCCUCAAUAUAAUAUGCAAAGUGCUUCAGUGCUUAGAUAUAUGCAACUCUUGUGACAGUCUCUGUUGGAUUCUCAAAAAUACUUUUUAUGAACAACAACAACAACACAAAAAAAAAAUCCACAAGAUAGAUAUUUAGAUCUAGGUAAUAGUUUUCCUAUCAUCAAACACGAAAAAAACUCACUUUCUGCACAGACACCAUCUGAACCCACUGAGGGAGUUCAGAAAGGAUAUUUGGGCUUUCAAGUGCUACUAGCAUUACUACUAGAGAUGUCUGCCAAGAACAUUUUAAGCGCUUAUAUAGUAGAAACUUUUGUAUUUUCUUGCCAGUGUAAUUUUUUUUCCCUUUCUAUGACUGCUUUAACAAUGUUUAAGUGACUUCUAACAGAUAUGCACAUUUCCAGCCAUUUUAGAUGAGGCGAGAGAGAGUUCCAUGUUUGCACAUGCUUAUAAGGGGAAUAAUGUUGUGGUGCAUUUAUUACCCAUUAUAGUACCCAUGUUUGCUGCUCUCCUCAGAGCAUUACACUAAUGUCAGGUUUAGGUUUAGGACAGCAACCAGGAGAAGUUGAAAAGAGGGGUUUUCUGUCAAUAUCUUCAUAAAUGUAUCAUCCAUCCAUUAUCCAAACCGCUUAUCCUGCUCUCAGGGUCACAGGGAUGCUGGUGCCUAUCCCAGCAGUCACUGGGCGGCAGGCAGGGUGACACCCUGGACAGGCCGCCAGGCCAUCACAGGGCCGCCCAAAACAGAAACUCAAUACAUACCCUACCAGAUAUCUGACCUUGCAUUAAAAAUGGGAGAUCCACAGAAUUAUUUGUGCAAUAAUACACAGUAUUGUAAAUGUACAGUCUAUUCUUUACAAACUAAACCGUGGUGCUCAGAUGGCAUAGCAAAAUAUUACCAUUGUAUUAAAGUAACUUUUACAUCAAUGCUUGACUGGUUUCAAGCAUGGUUUGCUUAACAAAAUAGUUUUUGCUGUAUAAUAACGAGAGUCCUAUCCUGAAUGUUGUCACUUCUCUCUGAAGGUCCACCUGCUUUGUCUUUUAUUCUAUAGUGUUGAGGGAUUUUAAAAAAAAGAAAGAAAAAGAAAGGGACAGGUAGGAAGUGCUUAAUGGAAACUCAUCGUUGGUGGAAACAGAAUAAUUUUGUGCACCCAGGAGACCAACUUGUAAUUCACCACUGUACUCGUGGAUAUAAGUGUACCUGAAACAUUUUGCAAUUGAUUUCACACUAGUGGUGCAAAAAUUGAACAUGCAUUUUUUUUUCAAGUAAUGUUUACAAAUGACAUCAUGGCUAAAAGUGGAAAAUAUAAGUGUAGCUAAGGAUGGAUGUCCCUGGAUAAGGUCACUGAAAAGGCCGGUAGUCGAGACUAACAGAUGUUAUUGCAGAUUUGAUAAUUUUUUUCUGUUCUGCACUUAAACAUGUAUGUUAUGAUGGCCAUUUUGAACGUUUUAAUUUUGAUAAAUCUACUUGGGAAGUAGGUGGAUUAAAUUGUUUGCAUAGUACAGAUCAAUGUAAUAAGGUGAAAGUGAUGCAGGCAGGUUUAACACUACAAUGAACGCAAUAAAGUAUGGGAUGUUGGUUAAAUAAUUUCUUCAGUACUGUAAUCUUGUUUGCUCUGCUUUUCUCUUAUGUAUUUCUUUACAUCGACUCUUCCUUAACGUCCAUAUAAAGUCAAUAAACAUUUUCAAGUCUU